AUGGGCAAAAUCAAUUGUCUCUUUGAGUUGAAACAGAAUAGCUCAAUUGAUGACAUAUUCCACUCUUUCAACAGCGAAGUUGACAAAUGUUCUGAUGACUGUUGUCUCGACUCUUCAUCUCUCUUAUUGAAACGUCUUUGGAAAGAACAAGAUGGACCUCAAAUAGGUCAGACAAAUAACCUGAUUGACAACAUUCACAAGCAUCAACACUUUUCAUGCAGUUCUGAUGUCUUCUCUAUUGAAAAUUCAUCGUUUCCAAGUUCUUCCUCUGUCAUGGACAAUCCCUGGAUCUUGCCUGCUUCUAAUUUUUGUACAGAUGGAAGCCUCUCUCCAGGAGCCAAAUCAGAUCACAAUUCAACAUCAUAUGGGAGCUUACAGCAUAAUUCUUGUCUCUCAGAUUUGUUGCAGAUGUCGUCAAAGUAUGAAGCUGUCAAGUUUGAUGAAGGAGAGGAGUGGGAGUUAAAUGAUCAACAAACAUCUUUUGAUUUCAACAAAAUCAAACCGAAUAACUCAAAUGCAAAAUCUUCUUCGAAAUAUCGUUUACUGUCAAAAAGCAGUUGCCGUGAAGACCUGACAAGUCACGACGCUGGCUACUACAGCCCCUUUAGCACUGGUGUUAACUUGUACGCAUUCAAUUCAGAGGAGGAGGACGACGUGAGGAAAAAUUUGAACUACAAGCCAUUCCUUUCUCCUACCGACAGUCAGCUGUCGUGGGAACAGCAAAAUAAUUUCAAUUCUAAUAAUAACAACAACUUGAGAAACAAAAACAAUGGAACUGAUGGAAGAAUGGCCAAAACUAAAAUUAAUAUCAUGAACAGUUUAAAAGGGUUUGAUGAUGACAACAUCAGUGAAAUUGGGGGCAAUAUUGGCGGUAAUGUUAGAAACAGUAACGUUUUUACAUUUGAACAUAAUUCAUCAGGAUAUGAAUACACUAGCCACAAUGAGGAGGAUGAUAAAGAUGUAAAGAUGGCGAGUGAUAAGAGGGUCAAUGAAGACUUUAAUAAUGAAGAUAUAUUCUGCAAGAACUUUAUCGAGCACAUGCUAGAUAAUUUUGAUGAUUUGAAUGAAGACGACAUGAGCAAUGACACCAUUGAUCCUUGGAUGAAUAAAUAUGAUAACCACCUCUUCCAGCCAGUCAGCGGCGUUCUUUCCUCACAGCAAGCCAGCUUUAAAAACAAUCACUCCAAUCCACUGCCCAUCUCGAAACUUAAAAUAAGUAACUCAGAUGCCAGUGCCAAUAAAUUCAAUCUUGCUGAUUUUAACAGUAUGGAUCAAAGGCUGAAGCAUAUUAUGGAUGCUUAUUUAGCUGAAAGUAUGCGAAUGCAAGGUAAUUAUAUGUCUAAGGAGGGCGUGCCAAACAGUGACACCAUAUUUGGCGACGGAAUGAACAACAUUAAAAAUAGCAAAAUGAAUGUCAGCCAUGGUUUGAUGAAUCAUUCCCAACUUUUAACUGACUUCAACAUGUGGCCGCCAAGUUUGAAACAGCAGUACCUAGAAAACGUCAUCCAAGAAUAUGAAAAGGUCAAACAAUUUUCACCUACCGUUGAUGGCAACUUCAAUAAAAUUAAUUUGCAAAACAACGUGAGCCCAGGCACAACCAACAACAUUUUUCCUAGCAACCUCUUUCCCGGCCAAGCGAGCAACAUAUAUGACAAUGUAUAUAACCGUGGCACUACGACCAACAGUAAUGCACAGAACAGCAUUUACCAAAACAAACAGAGCAACAACAAAAAUGUAAUGUUUGGUAAUUUACCGCCGCCCAUGAACCAUAACCUGCUUCUUAGCAAAAUGAGACAUGCUUCGCCAAGUUAUAUCAGCAAUGCUAGUGCCAAGAUGUUGAACAACACUGCUUUUCCUCAUUACAACUCUUACAAGUGGCAAUGCAAGCCUAACAGUCAAAUGCAACAACAACAACCACAACAGCAGCAACUACACCAUUCUUUAUUUACUAAUCAACCAAAUAACAUCAGCUACAAUGCCAACAAUUCUGCAAAUUUGUUCAUGAAAACUUCAAACUACAUGAUGGGUUCUCCAGUAAACAACAACUUUAUCCUUAACCCAGGAUUCUGUAGCAUGCCUCAGAACAAUCUCAGACCCAUCAAGUAUGCUGUGCGUGUAUGA